AGUUUUUUUCAUUCCCUGAUGAUUUGACAAUUUUUUCUAAUUUUUUGUAUUAUGAUAGAAAAACCGACAAAAAUGCGGAUGGUGUUGGUGAUUGUGGUGUACCUCAGUCUUUUUUUGGAUAACGUUUUAUUAACAGUAGUUGUACCAAUCAUCCCAGAUUAUCUUUGUAAUAUUUAUAAUUAUAAUAAUUCAACUUCUAAUAAAGAAGACGAUGAAAAUGAACGUGUUGGUUGGCUACUUAGUUCUAAAGCUUUGAUCCAGCUGAUUUUAAAUCCAGUGGUUGGAACUUUUACCGAAAAGAUUGGAUAUGCUAAGCCACUUUUAUUUGGGAACCUUAGUUUACUUUUAGCUGCAUUAAUUUUCGCUUUUGGCAGAACCUAUGAAUUGUUAUUUAUGGCACGAAGUAUUCAAGGAGUAUCCUCUGCAUGUAUUGGAGUAUCCGGAAUGUCGUUAGUAGCGUCGCAAUAUCCCGAUGAAGAAGAAAGAUCUAAAAUUAUGGGAUUUGUUCUGGGUAGUAUUGCCCUGGGCGUUCUUGUUGGUUAUCCAAUUGGAUCUAUUUUAUAUGACAUUGAAGGCAAAGAAGCUCCUUUUCUACUGAUUGCAUUAUUAAUUUUUUUGCCAAUCUGUUUACAAAUGUUGAAUGUAAAUAUAGAUUUAAAUUCAUCAACCAUCGAAAAUACUUCUCAUGAAACUCACUGGAGAUCACUUCUGACUCGAGGAAGCAUUAUCAUUGUCGCAGGAGCUAUUUUAUCAUCGACCAUACCUAUAGCAAUUUUAGAGUCUUGCCUACCAAUUUGGUUACGAUCACAUAUCAAGCCUAAGAAAUGGCAACUGGGAAUAGUUUUCAUCCCAGACAGCAUUGGAUACCUUUUAGGAACAAAUUUCUUUGGCAUGAUUGCUUUUCGUUAUGGUAGAUGUAAAACUGCAGUGUUUGCAAUGAUGCUCAUCAGCAUUAGUGUGAUCAUCUUACCAUCAGCAAUGACAAUGUCUCAACUAAUUUUUCCUCAUCUAGGAAUGGGUCUAGGCAUAGGCAUUGCUGAUGCUGCAUUAGUACCGCUUUUAGCAAGUUUUGUCGACCAAGAUGGCAACUAUGGACCUGUUUAUUCGAUACAGCAGAUUGCAGUUAGUCUUGCUUACUCUCUGGGUCCCAUUGUUGGGAGUGAAUUGGUGAGAGCAAUCGGUUUCCAAUGGGUAAUGAGAAGCGUUGGACUGAUCAACCUUCUCUACUGUCCUUUCUUGAUUUAUUUAGCACUGACAAGAAAAAAUGUCUUUUUGAAUACUAACAAUGAUAAUAAUAAAAAAGAAUAUGACUCGAUUAAGACUGGGUUUGAGUAUAAUAGGUUUCAUGAUUCUGAUGAUGAUCUUUGA